AUGUUGCAAGAAGAGGAGUGCGACGAAAACGCCAGAAUGAAAGCUCAGCUUAGUCCUGGUGCUUCUGCUGCAUGCGCUGGAUCAGAUGGCAAUGGUGGUGAUUGGACGCAGCUAAAAAGCAAAAAAGAGUUACGUCAGGAGCGCAAAAAACGCAAACUGUUGGGAUUGUCCGCGUUGAUGAUGCUGAAUGAGCAGGAAGGCAUCGGCAAACACAACAGAAAGCAACAGAAUCCAUCUUCUUCGACCAGCCUCACGGAGGGUGAUGAACAAUCGUCCGCAGUAGAGACCGAAGCGAACAACAAUUUGCUGCAACAAAACAGUUUCAUCGGGCUUUCCGCAGAAAACGGUGGCAGUGAAGAAGAGUUGCGGAAAAUAUUGGCCAUCAAUCGUACCGCAUUCAAUAUCAGUAAGCGCGAAGAGGACCUAACGUCCGUGGAUGCUAAACGGCGGAAAGAAGAGUGCAGCGGUUCGGCGAACGAUAACGCUGUUGGGAUAUCAGUCGACAAGGGCAGCACACUUGAAGCGGGCAGUACACUUAACUCCGAAACUGAGUAUCGUGCGCUGAAGGCGUUCGUCAACCAGCGGAAAAGUAUGCGCUACACACCUCGCAUCUUGCUGAAACCGUCCGGAUACAAUGCACUGCUCGAUCGGAACGAGCGUAAGGAGGAACGCAUUCCACUGCUGCUGGACGACAUCCAGGCACUGCUAAUGCAUACGUUACUGCGAACCGAUUCGCCAAUAGCGCCCCGCUGGGUAUCGAUCGAUAAGCACACCAAACUGACGCACACGACGGUAUUGAUUGUGGAGGGUUUCUCGUGCGAAGAUUACGUUACCAAUCGGGAGCACAUGCCGAAAUGUGCGGGAACCAUUUUCGGACCUCAACUCACCCUCCAAGUGGUUUGCCCAUGGUCGAAGAUUCUGGAAGAGGUGGCUUGCGUACCGCUUAGCGAUACGCACAAGGAUGUACUUGUGGCCGAGUACGGUUCGCUAGAGGCGGCCAUGCGCACCUGUAAAGAUCAGAUGCUGGUACGGAAGAGCAUCUUCCGGAACAUUCAACCCGCCGCCCGUAUGCCAAACUACAUCGGUCUACCGCCUGGUGAUAAAUUCCCCCGUACCUUACUACUGCUUUCCCCGAUUCAGAUGAUCAACGAAGGGUAUCCGGUCCCCCUAGCUGGAACAUUGCAAAACAAGUACAAACACUAUGUAACAACGAGUAAUGACUACAAGCCGGUCAAUCCACGAUCGCCCAUGUACGGCAUAGAUUGUGAAAUGUGUGGCGCAGCUGGUGAUAAGUCUGUAUUGGCGCGCGUAUCCAUCGUCGACGAGUCGGGCAAUGUCGUGUACGACAAGUUGGUAAAACCAACCGAAAAAAUCCUCGACUACCGUACGCAGUUCUCCGGCAUCACACAAGCGAUGCUGCGCAAUGUGACCACCACCCUGGCGGAUGUACAACGCGACCUGCGCAAACUGUUACCUCCGGACGCUAUACUGGUUGGGCAUUCGCUGAACAGCGAUCUGGAUGCACUGGAAAUGCUGCAUCCAUACGCGAUCGAUACGUCCAUCGUUUACAACGUGACAGGCAAUCCUGUGCACAAACAGAAGCUACGCAUUUUGGCCAAAAAGUUUCUAGGGCAGGACAUUCAGGUCGGUAGCGAUGGGCACUGUUCGGUGGAAGAUUGUGCUGCAAGUUUGAAUCUGGUGAAGCUGAAGCUAGCCAAUAGCAUCUACUUCGGUGAUCAGUGGCUAGAAGAUCGGCGAGACUAUCACAGCUUCCGCACCAACACGGGGCGCAAUGGUAUCGCACAAGAUGUAUCGGUUGAACACUCCGGCAAAGAACAGUCACAGAUCACGGCGACCUUGUUUUCGCACGCCAAAAAGCGCAACAAGGUGUCGGUGAUCGUCACGAACGCAGACGAGGAGUUGCGCACGUUCGAGGCUUAUUUCGGCAAAGCUAUUCAGACGUGUGGUAAACAGACCGCAGAUACGCAACAGUGGCUAUCGCUCUACAAAACGUCAUCGCCUAAUGCUACGAUCGAAAAGACGGCGAGCAAUUGUUUGCAGUACGAUUUUAAUCUCGCAUACGUUCGCAUACCGGACGAAGAACAAAUCGUUACCGACAAACAGGUGCUUGCGAAACAGAUCGAUGGUUGGGCUAAUCGGCUGCACAAUGCGCUAUCGCUCAACGGGUUGCUAGUGGUAUUGCUGGUCGGUGGGGAAAAUUCUAGCCAACCGAGUUUGGGAACACGUACUGCGGUUGCUAUGGUGCAAACAAAGAAACCGCCGAAAUGA